AUGGUAAAUCCAAGGUCAAUUUUGCGUUGGAAGACUGGCGAUGAAGAGGCUGGUGAUUGUAUCACGGGGGCACCCCAAGCCAUUGCGAGCGACGGGGAAAUGAAAAAGAAGAUCCACCGGCGCCCAAGCCAAAGAACAAUCGAUCCGAAGUCUGCCAUUCCGAUCGAAUAUCGCAGCCUUUCAUUCGAGAUUGAGGAUGAGGGCGAAAGAAAGCGGCGGCUUAAACUCCAGGGGGGAAGGAUAAGAUGGUCGAAGGAAAUCCACAAACGUCUCAAGGUGGAUGCAGGGAUGGGCCUCUCUGAAGCUUCGGCCAAGGAACGAUUACAGAAGUAUGGCCGGAACGAAAUUUCGCCGCUACCAAACCCCUGGUUCUGGAAGGUUUUUGGAUAUUUCUUCAAGGGAUUUGGGUCGAUUCUGCUCCUUGGCGGAAUCUUAGUCUUCGUCUCAUGGAAGCCGCUGGGUCAGCCCCCUGCGGUUGCAAACCUGGCUUUGGGUAUUGUCCUUAUCGCGGUAUUCGUCAUUCAGGCUGCUUUCAAUGCCUGGCAGGAUUAUUCAUCUUCUCGUGUGAUGGCCUCGAUCACAGCAAUGCUCCCAGAGUCAUGUCUAAUUCUUCGCGGCGGUUCUCGGGUAGAGAUUCCUGCUUCUGACCUCGUUCCCGGAGACACUUUGAUUGUCAAAGCAGGUAACAAGAUUCCGGCUGAUGUUCGGUUUAUUGAGGUCUCACAUGAUCUGAAUGUGGACAGAUCUGUUGUCACCGGAGAGUCAAGCCCAAUCAAGGGCAGCACGGAGACUUCGUCUGACAAUUAUCUUGAGACAAGAUGCAUCGGCCUUCAAGGAACUCAUUGCGUCUCUGGUCAGGGAGUUGGUAUUGUCGUUGCUACCGGUGACUCGACGGUUUUUGGUCGAAUUGCCAAGUUGGCGGGUGAGCCAAAGACCGGUCUCACUACUAUUGAAAAGGAAGUCAUGCGUUUUGUGGCUCUCAUCGCUAUCAUAAUGGUGACCUGGAUUGUUAUUCUGGCUGCUGUUUGGGGUGGUUGGCUUCACCAGAAACAUCCCGACUAUAUUAAUGUGCCCACGCUCAUUAUUGACUGUGUGAGCGUUGCCAUCGCUUAUAUACCCGAGGGCCUUCCAAUUGCAGUCACCGCGAGCUUAACCAUUACAGCAAAUUUGAUGAAAAAGAACAAGGUCCUGUGCAAAUCUCUCAAGACCGUAGAGACUUUGGGAUCGGUGUCGGUCAUCUGUACUGACAAGACUGGCACAUUGACUAGGAAUCGAAUGGCUGUGACAGAAUAUGUUGUGCAACUGACAACAUCUACAUUGGAUGCCACGGGCGAGCACGCAGCCGUCAAAUUGAAUCGUCCUGUUCUCCAACAGCUCCAGGCUGUUGCAGGCCUUUGCAAUGCUGCUGAAUUUGAUUGUGAAUCAACUGAAGUUCCCCUUAGCGAGCGGCGCAUUUUCGGUGAUGCUACUGAUCAAGCAAUUCUGAGAUUUUCUGAGAGUCUGGGUUCUGUCACUGAGCUUCGCAAAUCUUGGCAUACAAUUUUCAAUCUUGCCUUUGACAGCAAGAACAAAUUUAUGAUCAAAGCAAUGAAGCCAGUCAAUCUUCAAGCGACUGCAUCUUGUCUCUCUCCCGUCGAAUCCAGCAAAUUUGAUUCCAGCGACAUUCUGUUCACCAUCAAAGGAGCCCCAGAUAUCUUGAUUGAGCGAUGCUCGCAAGUCUUGUGCCCUGACGGCGAAAUAAAGCCUUUAACCGAAAUUGAUCUGGCGGCCAUAAAGCGCUUAAAGGAUCAAUGGUCUUCUGAGGGAAAACGGGUAAUUUUGCUUGCUCGGAAGGUUCUCGCAAAGGACAGUAUACUGGCUGAACUAAGCUCCUCGGAGUUUGAGAUCCAAAUGCUUCGCGAAGCCAGGACAGGCCUCACUCUGGUUGGUUUGGUGGGUUUAAUUGACCCGCCACGAUCUGAAAUCCCAGAGGUCAUUCGAAUCCUGCGCCAAGCCCAAAUCCGGGUCACUGGCGACUUUGGUCUCACAGCCCUGGCUAUUGCCCGGCAGUGCGGUAUUGUUACCACAGAUUCGAUCCAUGAUGCGUCAGCUCUUCGCAAGUCCCCAACUUCAAUCGAGAAGCACGUGGAUAUAUCCCAAGCUGCUUUGCUUGUAAGUGGCCCAGACUUGAUGGCUCUCAACGAGUAUCAGUGGGAGCAGUUGUGCAAGUAUCCCGAGAUUGUAUUCUCUCGUACUACUCCCAACCAGAAACUGCGCAUUGUGCGUGAGAUUCAAUCCAGGGAAGAGGUCGUCGGUAUGACCGGAGACGGCGUCAAUGAUGCUCCUGCUCUCAAAGCUGCUGAUAUUGGUAUCAGUCUCGCCACCGGUUCCGACAUCGCCAUCGAAGCUGCGGAUAUGGUUUUGCUUGAUUCAUUCGCUGCGAUUGUCGAGGCUGUGCGGUAUGGACGUGUGGUCUUUGACAACCUCAAGAAGACAGUCGCAUAUCUUCUACCGGCUGGCUCAUGGUCUGAAUUCUGGCCCGUGUUCUGCAACCUAAUCUUCGGAAUUCCUCAGAUUCUCUCAUCUUUCCUGAUGAUCAUCAUCUGUUGUUUCACGGACUGUGCCGCCGCUGUGGCCCUUGCAUACGAGGCCCCAGAAGCAGACGUCCUUUUCCGCCCGCCAAGGCAUCCGACCAAAACACGCCUGGUCAACUGGCAACUUAUGUUCCAUUCUUACGCUUUCAUUGGCAUGAUCGAGACAGCCUUGUCAUUUACCAUGGCUUUCUGGUAUCUACAAAGGAACGGAAUACACUUCUCGGAUUUGUGGUUUAAGUUCGGUGAAUUGCCGCCAGGUGUUGAUUCAGACUACUACACUGCGAAAGUCAACGAAGCAAGCUCAAUCUACUUCGUCAAUCUUGUGAUCAUGCAAUGGUUCAACUUGAUGGCAGUACGAACGCGCCAUCUGUCGAUUUUCCAACACCCUCCAAUAUUCAAUAAGCCGACACAGAACCUGUACUUGUUCCCUGCUAUCGCAUUUGCGCUGGGAAUUUCCGUGAUUUGGCUCUACAUUCCUAGUCUUCAGACAGCCCUUAGUACCUCGGGUAUUCCUGCCGAGCACUAUUUCCUCCCUGCUGCUCUGGGGCUUGGACUCUUGUGUCUGGAUGAAACACGAAAAGCCGCUGUUCGCCGCUGGCCCAACGGAUUGCUGGCCAAGAUGGCUUGGUAA